AUGUAUAUAUUUUAUCAAGAUAGGAUCUUCAUCACCCAUGGGUGUGUUAAUCUUGUGGUCCUGCUACCUUUUUCUCACUUACCUCUCUCUCUACCUCUUUCAAUCCUUUCUGCACAGUUUGCUUACUUCAGACAACGAAAAACAAAAAGCGACAUCGCGCAGUCGCAGAAAAAGACGGCGAAGAGGAAGGGCUCGUCUGUCCACACACAUGACGCUCCGAAGGAAGAGUACGCACUAGCGGCCCAAGAUGUUGGUAAGGGUAUAGAGAGUAAAGCUGAAGACACCAGCCUACUAGAGAAAACCACAGAGACAGAGGGCUGUGCUGACUUUUCCAACUGGGAUGCGCUGAAUGAUCAUGCAGCUGAAAAAGUUUCGAUAAAUCCUGCUGCAGAGUAUAGUGAGCUUGAUGUUAAGAUGUGUCAGAUGAGAAUAGCUGAGUUAGAGAACAGACUUCUGGAGAAGCAGGAAGAAGCUGAAAGGCUCACCACACAGAUGGACGAGCUACAGGAACAACAUACCCAGCAAAGUGACUCUGUGCAAAGUCAGGAAACUACUGUUCAAGAGCAGAAUGAAGCCAUCAGGAAGCUAACAAGCUGCCUUCAACAGGUGAAACAGGAUCAGGAUGACCUACAGGAGGAGGCUUCACGUGUAGGUGCUCAGGUUAACGAGAUGCUGAGGAGUGAAAGCUCUGGGAAAAACGAUGUCUUAAAAGCCCAGUGGAGGAUGUCCUCCCUUCAGAACCGUCUCAGAGAGCAAAAUGCACAUUUGGAGAUGCUGCAUCAGAAGGCACAUGACCUGGAAGUACAGCUUGAGUCUUCUCUGAAGAAUACCAAAGAUAAAGAAAACCUGCUUGCCGAGGUGGAUGGGGAUCUGAAAGGUACAAUGGAACAGUUAUACAAAAGCAUAGAAGAAAAAGAUCAACAUAUUAAAAUACUUCAAGGUCUACUGACAUCAGAAAGAUUUAGCUUGUCUAUACUACAACGUACCCUUUCUCUCCAGGACUCGGAAAUAAAACAAUUGAAAACUGAAAUAGCUUUAUCCAAAAUAAAAGAACAGCAACAUAUUGAAGAGCUGAAAAUCAGUCAUGAGAAGGAUAUUUGCAGACAGUUGGAGAACUUGAGGGCUGAGCUGGAGAAGUGCAACAGAAGAGAGAUUGCAGAGGCUAAGCAGGUAUACGAAGAAGAAAUUAUUUUAAAAUAUAAGAAUGAACUUGAACAGUUAAAAAAAGAACUCCGUGCUCUGAAUUCUGAAGAACACAUUCAGAGCUUGAAUGGCAUAAUAAUUGACUUAAAUAGUAGUCUUCGCGAGUCUGAAAUUAAUAAAGAAAAUUUGAGAAAGAAACUUGAAAACCAACAGGAAGACUUCCAGAGAGAAAAAUCUGAAAUUGAGACUAAAUACAAGGAUUUAAUUGAUGGCCUUAAGUCUCAACUUUCUGACGCAGAAGAGCAGGUCAAGGAAGCCCAGCGAUAUAAAGAAGAAAAACAGUCCUUGAAUGAAGAGAUUCAGAAACUGAAUUCUUUCAUACAGGAAUUAAAUGAAAAGCAACUUUACGAAGCUGAAAAAAGUAUAGAUGUAAGGCAAAAGCUGGAGACCGAAGCUGAAAAAAGUAUAGAUGUAAGGCAAGAUGUCUCCAAUAAAAAGCUGGUGAAAUUGAGGAAAAAACAGAUUUUACCAGAGGUACUGCAGUUGCAAAGAGCAGAGCUUGAGGACAUGUGGAAUAAACUGCACCAGUUCAAAGGUGAAGGUGAGCUAGCUCAUGAAGAUCUAGAGUUCCAGCAUGACUUGGAAGUAGCCUCCUCAAGGGAUCAAUUAGAAGUUAAGAAUUCAAAGAUCACAGAGAAAAAUGAAGGAAGUGAAGGAGAGAACCUGUCUGAAGAACACUUGUCAGAACUAGGCCUUUUCAGUGGUGAUGAAGGCAUAUUGGCUAAAUAUCUCCUCUCCACGGGGAGACCAGAAGAGUCAUAUGCAUCCAGCAAUUCUGAAGGUUAUGACAUUGAAGAAGGUAGAUACAGUAGAUAUGGAUUAGACAGUAGUGUGCUUCUAGAACCCAGCAGAGAUUUUAUACCUCCUCUGUUAAGCUUUGGCCUUGAUGAGGAAACGUGUCCUAGUGUUUUGGCUCAAGAGACUUUUGAAGAGACUGAGGUGGGAACAGAAGCCUUUGUUUCAUUUUUGCCAGAUAGAUUUCUGCAGCAAAACAAAAUAAGUGACCAUGAUGGCGUAAAGGAUGAUGAGACAACUUGUUUAGUAGAGAGAUGUGUGAAGCUAACUGAGGAGCUCUGUGAGAAGGAGACAGCCUUGAAGAAAUCUUAUCUGGAGACCCAAGAAGCUGUUGGAAAAUGGGAAAAAGUAAUGGCUGAACUAUCUCACACACGUGUGGAACUGGAUGAGGAACGUGAAGCACGAAUCUAUUGUGAAAAUGAACUUCUUCAAAAAACAGAGAAGGAGAAGGAACUUGAAAACAAAAUAAUGUUUCUGCUAAAGCAGCAGGGUGAGGACGGAGGCCAGCCUUACUGUGCUGUAGAGCCUUUAACACAGGCGUCAAAAUCUUCUACCUGGCAAGGAAUGGUAAAAGACCUCCAGGGAGAAAGAGAAACGUUGACAGUGCAGCUGCAAACUCAGGAGAAAUUAGUGAAAGAUGUUCAGGAGCAGGAAACAGCUUCAGAUUCUGUAACAAGUGAAGUACAGUCUCUCUUUGCAUGUCAGUUAGCUGCUUUGCAAAGUCAAAGAGAUCUAAUGCAAAGUGAGCUGGAUGCUCAGAAGGCUAAAAACCAGACAGUACCAGAGCUGCUUGGUCAGAAAACUCUAUCUGAAGAGACAUUGCUAAAAGAACAGGAGUUGCUCAAAGCUGAUAUCUAUAAUAAAGAACAAAAGUUGGCACUUUUAUUGAAGGAAAAAACAGCCUUAGGAGAAAGAUUAUCUGAGGUGGAGGAGGAUCUAAUAAAGACAGAAAAAGCACUAGCAGAGAAGGCUAGCAUCAUUGAGGAUCUUGAGAAAAACAUACAUGAACUUAAUGCUGAAGUGAAAAACCUCAAAGAUACACAGGAGCGAGAUAGACUGGAAUAUGAGGACAGAUUAAAUUUCAGCAACCUAGAAAUUCGUAAACUUAAUGCUGAAAUAAAGGCCAAAAGUACUGAAUACAGUGAGAAAAAAAGCCAGUUGACUGAAGAAAUAGUCCAUUUGAAGAAGGUUUGUUUAGAACUUGAGACUCGCUUGCAGGAGUCCUUUCAGUCUGCACAAGCUGCACAGGAGGCACAAUCUGAGAUGAUGAAACAGUUCAAAGAGGAAAUUGGUAAAAUGGAGGCUCAACACCUUGCCAAAAUAGCUGAAGUGAGUUUGACACACAAGAAAGAGAUAGAAGAAUUAAAUGCUGAAAUAAAACAUAAAGUAGAAAACCAGCAGAAGCUGGAAGAAGAAAGAAAGGAACAGAUUGUUUUAAUAAAAAAGGUACAUGAACGAGAGCAUGAUCGUGAAAUCUCUGAACUGAUUACUAAACACGAAGAGGAAAUGGAGAAGCUCCGUGCUGAACUAAAUAAAGAACAGCAGCACCUGUUGGAUGAACUGCGGCAGCAAAUGGCAGCCACACACAAAGCAGAGAUUGAGCAAGCUCAGCUCCAAUUGCAGACACUACACAGCCUUGAAUUGGAAGCUUUACGCCUAAGCUUAAAUAAUAUGCACACCUCCCAGCUGGAGCUUACACAGUCUAACUUGAGAAGAGAAAAGGAAACUGCCCUUGUGGAACUACGGGAGAUGCUCAACGAUAAGCGUGCUCAAGAGGUAGCAAUUCUGCAAAGUCGCCAUCAGCUGCAGCUGGACAAGAUUAAAGAACAGUGUCUGAAGGAAAAAGAAGACCUUGAGUCAAAUUAUCAGCAAGAGCUAGUAAAACGUGUCGAAUUGGAGAAGCAACACCAGUUAGCCAUUACAAAAUUACAGGAACAGCUGCAGACUGAACAUAACCAACUCCUAGAAAAUAUGAAGAUGAAAAGCCAAGAAAAAGAACAGAGUCUUGAGAAGGAGCUGGAGAAACUUCAGGUCUUGCAUGAAGAACUCAAGACUCGUUCACAAGAAGAAAUUGGGCAGCUUUGGUCUCAGCUUGAUAGUACUCGAGCAAAUCGGCAAGAGCUAAGUGAGCUAAAAGAGCAGCUCCUGGCACGUGCAUCACGAGUGGAAGAAAUAGAGCGUUUAAAACAAGAAUUUCAACAGCAGCAGCAGCAGAGAGAAUGUGAGCAUGAAACUGAACUGGAACAGUUGAGACUUUAUUUUGAAAAAAAAUUAAGAGUUGCUGAAGAAAACUACAGAGAGGAAUUGACAUUGCUGCAUCAGAGAUUGCAAGGACUGGAGGAACAUUCACUGUCAGAGUUGGAAGUGAGUCAAGAUCAAGCAGGGGACAGCAGUUCUGUUGCAGUUUUUGAAGAGACUGCUGAGACAGAGGAAAGAGAUACUCUUGGUCUGCUAAAUCAACAGCUGGAACAACAUCAGGUACAACUUAAAGAGCGCCACAGGCAUGAAUUAGAUUCCUUAAGGUCUUCCCUUGCACUUCAAUAUAAGGAGGAUCUAAUGAAAAUGAAGAUGGAUCUGUCGGACAAAUAUAUAACAGAAAUUGAGGAAAUGCAAAGAAAGCAUUGUUUAGAACUUGAGCAGCUCCGUGCCCAACUUUCAGAAGAACAUAUUAAAGAAAUUGCCAGACUGCGCCUACAGAGCGCUCAAGAUGCAGCAGAUGCAGCGCGUCAAGUUGAAAUGGAGGUGGCUGAGCAAGUGUCUGUGCUGGAGAAAGAGCACAGAGCUAAGCUCGCUCUCCUUCACUCUGAGAAACAAUGUAUUGCAGAGCUUUCAGAAGAAAUAAAGCAUUUAAAGUUAGAGAUUACUAAACAAAAAGAUUUUUCUGAGCAGAAAGAAAAGCAUCUGAAAGAGGAAAUGGAAAAGGUAAAAUGCCAAAUUGCUGAGGAUCACAAGAAUAAAUUAAGGGAAGCCAGAGAAGAAGUCCAGAAAAUAGAGGCUAUGUACAAAGAAAAAGAGAAGAAAUGGAAAUGUGAAAGCGAGGACCAGAGAAUCCUGGCAGAAGAGAAGUUAUCGUUGUUACGUAUAGAGUUGCAAAAUAGAGCAGAAUAUGAGAAACAGAAAUUACAAAAGGAGUUUGAACUUCGUGAAGCUGAAAUGAAUCAGCUUAAAGAUCACCAAGCUGCCAAAAUUCUAGAACUGGAGAAGUUGGUAAAAGAGCAGCAAAACAACUUGCAGCAACUAGAGGACAGCCUUGCAAGUGCACAGAAAUCUCUGGAGCAAUAUGACAGUGACCUGCAGGGAGCCAGAGCGCUCAUGGCAAAAGAAAUGGAAAAGGCCACACUUUGUCUGCAGGAAGAAUGGGCACUGAAACUUAGGGAAGCACAAAACAAGUUUAUGGAAGAACACAAAGCUAUGACUCGGAAAUUCACAACUGAGCAAGAGAUUCUUCUCCAAGAGUUGAAAAAGAAACAUGUGGAUGAGCUGGAACUCCAAAGACAGCAGUUGCAGGAGAAGCACAAGCAAGAAGUUUUGUCUCUUACAGCUGAGUUUCAGACAAAGCACCAAGCUGAAAUUGAGACACUUAAAUCUACACUAGAAAGUAAACAGCAGAAUCAGCUUGAAGCUUGUGUUGCUGAACUACAGACAAAGCAUCAGGCACAAAUUGAUGAGCUGGAGUCGAAACACUUAUCAAAUCUGGAUUCCUUGGAGUCAUCCUACUUAUCUGAAAUUCAGAAUAUAAGGGAUGAACACAAUCGGGCUCUUGAGAAGCUGCAGUACACAGAACAGCUCCAUGAAAAGGAUAAAAUGGAUCAAGCACGCUUGCUUCAGGAGAUAGAGAUGUUGAAAUUAAAGCAUGCUGAAGAACUUCAGCUUUCCCAAAAUAAUUUGAAAAUUGAGCUAGCUACUGUUCACGUGGAGAAACGUAAAGCCAUGGAUGAUGAAGCAGAAGAAGCUUAUAAGGAUGACUUGGACACGGCACUUCAAGAUCAAAGGAGGUUGCUGGAAGAAGAAAAACAUCUGGCCCUGGAUACAUUACGUGAGGAAGUAUUGCAUAUGGAAGCAAAGCAUAGAAAAGCACUUCAAGAACUUCAGGAUCUUCAUGAGGCAGAAAUUAAGAAACGCAAGGAAGAAUACUCCAGGGAGCUGGAAAAAGAACUGGGGAAACUAAAAGCACAGCAUAAACACGAGCAAGAGAUGUAUGCUUCUGCAUCAGCUUCUGAGGUAGAAACUGUGCGAACAGCUCUUCUGGCUCAACUUGAGGAGGUAAAAUUGAAGCAGCAACUUCAAUUCCAGGAAGAGAUUGAGCUGCUGAAGUGUCAGUCGGAGGUACUGCUUGAGCAGCAGAUUGCACAGCUGAAGGAAGAAUUUGAAGCUGAAAAAAAGGCCUCGCUACAUGACAAGGAGCACAUGUUGAUUCAGGAGAGAGAGAAGGCACAUGCUGCUCACCAAAAGGAGCAGAUGAUGUUAUCAGCCCAGCUGCAGGAAAAAGCAGCAAUAAUUACCCAGCUGGAAAAGAAAGUAGAGUCUUUACAUCAUGAAAUAGAGGAGAACAACUCUGAACUGGAGACACUCCUUCAGCGGCGGGAUAGAGAAAACCAAGAAGGAGGGAAUUUGAUAGCCAUGUUGAGAUCUGAUAUUGAGCAGUCCAAGGAGGAAAGGAAAAAACUACAGGAAUCUUAUCAGCAUCUUUUGAAAUUGCUUAUGGAAUUGGUGAAGGCCACAAUAGCUAUUGAGGACCUUAUCUGUAGCAAGAUUGGUCUUUGCCUUGAUGACAGUCUGGCUUCUGGAGAUUCUAGAGAAAGUCACAGUAUUAUGGAAGAAAUUGGAUUCGUGCAGUAUUUCAAAGCCAAAGCAAAGCAUCGCCUAGAAAAAGCUUCCUCGUCUUCAGUAGAUGAGCUGCUUGAUGAAACACUCACAGAACACAACCAGCUGUCUCCAGUGACUGACGAGGGGGCCGAGUUGAGCCAGUACUUAUGCGAAAGUGUUUUUGCAAAGCCAGAAUUGGCAUGUGAAAAUGAAGAAAUUAUUCUGAAAAUUUGUCAUCGUUUGCGCACUGCAGUGGAGAGACUUCUGGAACUGGUUACAGAAUCAACUAAACAACUGGAGAAAAUGCAUGAAAACCAUGUGCAAUUUGAAGAAGAAUUCAGCCAACGAAAUUGGGAAACUGCCCAAGUGGUUAGUCAGCACCAAGAGCUAAUGGAGUGCCUCAGCGAGGAAAGUGAGGCAAAGAAUCAGCUGGCACUGGAGCUUCAUAAAGCAGAGGGCAUUAUCGAAGGCUAUGUUGCAGAAAAAGCAGCAUUGGAAGAGGCCUUGAAUUUGAAAGAGGAGUCUGAACGACGCCUUGUUGUGGAGCUGGAGAAUAUGCGUGAACGCUUCCGGGAGCUAACCCAAGAGCAAGCAAUUCUUGGUCUACUUAAGGAAGUAGAAUUUUUAGCAAAAGAGAAAUUAGAGCUUCAGUGUCAGGCAGAAAAGGACCAUUCCGAUUUACGCUCUCAAAUAAGAGUUUUGGAGGUGGAACUGGAAGAACAGCUACAUAGUAAUGAAGACCUAGCUACACAGUUAUUGGUGGUUGCUGAAUUGGAACAGCAAGUUCAAGUUCUUGAAAAACAGCUUAAAAAACAGCGGCAAUUCAUGGAUGAACAAGCUAUAGAAAGGGAACAUGAACGUGAUGAUUUUCAGCACGAAAUUCAGAAACUGGAAGAACAGUUAAAACUUUCAGCAAAAUUGCAGACUUCAGGAGAGCCCAGAGAGUACAGGGUAGAAUCCUUGCAAGCAGAAAUAAAAGGGAAGAUGGAUGAUUACAAUAAGCUGUUAUUAGAAAAGGAGCAAAAACACCAAGAAAUUGCAACUCGUGAUAAAGAGGUAGAAAAACUGAUGGCACAGAUACAAGAACUGGAGCACAGCAGUACUGAAGCCUCAAAGACUGUACAUUAUUUGGAACAACAACUGCAAAAAAUGAAGAAAGUGGAAACAGAAUUAAAACAAGAUAAAGAGGCAUUGCAACAGCAACAGUACAACAACCUCAUUCAGAUCUCAGCUCUACAGUCAAAACUGGAUGAAACAAGGCACAGAGUACCAGCAGAUGGCAGUUCUGACCCAGGACUAAAGGAGCAGCUACAAGCAGAGCAGGAAGCACUUCGGGCAAAGGAGAGAGAGAUUGCAAGCUUGUUAGACCAACUAGAACAAUAUAAAGAUAAUUUGAUCAGUAAAAACAAGGAGAUACUUCAGCUGAACUUGCAGUUAGAGAUGCAAAAAAACCUGAGCACUUCCAGCAUCAGCCAGCUUCAGUUAGAGAAUGCACAGUUGAAGGAGGACCUAGCAAAACUUCAUGUGAAGCAAAAUCAGGAUCUGAAUAUUACUGAUUCCUCAGCCUUGUCAUUCCCACAAGCACUACUUAAAGAGAAGAAUCAAGAAAUUGAUCACUUGAAUGAGCAGAUGAAGAGGCUGCAGCAUGAGCUAGAGAAUACUAUGGAUAAUAAAGUUGUGGAAGACCAAAAAUCUGAAAUUAAAGAACUCAAAUCUCUUGUUGAGCACCUUCGUGGUGACCAGGAAAGGCUGCGUAAGGACAACGAGGAAGAGGUAGAACAACUCCAUGGAGUAAUUGAGAAGCUUCAAAAAGAGCUGGCACAAAUUGGACCAUUAUGUCAUGAAGUUAGUGACAACCAAGAUGGUCUCUAUCAACUUGCAUUGGGAAAGCCAGUGGAAAACCUUCAGAAUGAGUUGACAAAGGGACUGGAAGAUUGUCAGGGUGAUAUUGAUCCAAAUGGAAGAAACGCAUUGCUGCUCUCCAAAGUGAGAGAACUUCAGGAGGAACUAGAGCUUGUCUCAGCUGCUAGAGAAGCUCUUCAGCAGCAACAGGAAGAGAAGGAAUCACAAUUCAAAAUGGAAGUGGAAAUUUUGGAGAAAAAAUGCCAGAAAUUACAAGAGUCAUCAGAGCAGCAUGUUGCAGAGCUAGCUGCUCUGAGAAUACAGCACGAUGCACUUCAGGAAGAGUACAGCCUUUUCCAAACACAUUUUUCUCAGAGACAGGUUGAAAAGAGGACAACAUUUUCUCAUGUUCAAGAACUUAAAGAUACUGUGAUAGAAAGGAAAGAAGCAAAUCUUCUAGAGAAAGAUACACAAAUGAAGAGAAUGGCAGAUCAGAGAGAAGCUGAGGCAACCGAGUUGCAGAACUUAACAGAAGAGGCAGCAGAGCUUCAAACUGAGUUGGAAGAGAGUGCAAAUCAGGCUCAAGAUGUUUAUAGUCUUCAGUUGGAAGUUUCUAGACUUGAUUUCCAGGUGCAAGCACUCAAUCAGAAAGAAGUAGCUUAUCAGAAAGAAAUCAAUGAACUGCGAGAGAGCACUGCAAAACUGAAAGAUCAAAAUGAGGCAUAUGUGAAAGAGCUUGAAGCCUUACAACUGGAAAGAGGUGAACUUAUUUCACAGCUGGAGUCGUACAAGCCAAAGGAACAACAUGAUCAUGAAGACACUAACCUUCUCAAGCCGUUCUGCCAGAGAGAAAGAAAAGGCAAAGCCCAUAUAAAAGGAAUGGAGGAACUGGAAGAACUGAAAGAAAAUGUUGAUAAGUCAUUUGCAGUACUGGCUUCCCCUACUGAUAAGCUGGAAAAAGAUGAAGUUAUGUUUGACUUGAUGGCUCACAAUAUAAAUACAAAAAGUCAGAUUAACCAAUCGCAAGAAAAUAUCUUGACUCAGGAAUUGGACAUGAUCACCAAGUCUGAAGAAGAGCAAGGUUUGAAAAAGCAUUGCCAGCAAAUGUUGGAAAUUCAUCAAACUGCUGAUUCUCCAAAACACAAUUUGAACAUAGGCAAAGACACUUCAACAAAAGACUUCCAGAAUUUCAUUACAGGAAUGGCUUCAUGGGGCUCACCUGAGAUUGUGAGAAAGCAAGAUAUAAGCAUGGAGCUUCAACCAAUGCUUCAUCUGACACCCUUUUCAGAAGUUGAAAGCACAGAUUUUGAAAUUAUACACUCCAGGUCAUCCAUGCAAGAAGAUAAUUCUCUGUUGCUGGGAUAUUCUAACCUGUAUGAAAAUGGCAGUGAGGAGGCAGCAGUGGGAGUAGAUAGAAAAUCUCCAGCUUUCUCUCAAAGUGCCUACUCUGAUGACCAAGAUAUGGAGAAGAAGGUUUUACAGAUGAGAAAAGCUGAUAAUCUAACUUUAACCCCUUCUGAUUUACAAGAUGAUGUAAGAUCAAGAGCAUCUGCCAUAGAUGCAAUGAGCGAUGGAUAUGGCAGCAAUACCAGCUCAACUUUGGCAGCUAAACUAAAGCAGGAGCUACAAACGUCAGACCACCUGGAUGCUAGUUUCAUGGCUUAUCUGCAGUACCAUGGAAUGUUUCCAGAUACUAUGGAAUCAAUGAGAGAAAAGGAAAUACUUUCACCACAGCUGAAGACUGUGCUGAAGAUGGUGUAUGAGGAGAGCCGCAAGAUACUGGCUUUGUCAGAACAUCCCUUUGGUUUUAGGGAGCUGCAAAAUGUUCCUGAGACCAGAGCGGUGAUGGAGGGUUGGCAGAAGGAGGGCUUAACCUUGCUGGAUGCUAUACAGUCACUGAAAGAUUACCUUAGCAAGCUGGCAGAUAGAGGAGACAAGGAACAUUCAGGUAUUGCUGCUGACUGGAGAGGAGAACUUCUGCAAGCAGUACAGAGAGUGUUUGAGAAAGAGAGAAAUGUGUUGCAAAUUGACUCGACGUCUCAUUUCUCCAAUCCUGAGUCUGGUGAUGAAGGUUCAUUAGUGGAAAAACUGGAGUAUGUCAUGAAACAACAAGAGCAGCAGAGUCAGAUGGCUGUUGAGCAGCUUUUGUCCUCAGACAGGAAUAGCUUGCUCUCUGAAAUACAGGAUCUGCGAGCUCAGCUGCGCAUGACACACCUUCAGAACCAGGAGAAGCUGCAGCAGUUACAGGAAACCCUCACCAAUGCGGAGGAUCACGGGAGCAAACAAGAACACUACCUUCGGAGGAAAGUUGAAUUAUUACAAUAUAAGCUUCAGCAGGAAAAAUCUGUUGUAAGUGACUUGCAUAACACCCUGUCUGAGGAGCAGAAAAGAGCCUCUGAAACAUGUGAUCUCUUGAAACAAGAAAAAGCAGCCCUGAAAUCAGAGCUUUAUGAAAGUAAGCAAGAGAAUGAAAGACUGCAGAAAACCCUAGAAGAGCUUCAGAGGGAGAUAAACCAGUUACGUUUUUCAUUGGAAAAAAACCAAAAGGAUUUGACAGCUGCACUUGAAGACUUGCAGACAGAGCACCUGAAGGAAACAGAGCUACGAGGUUUGUUUGAGGAACAACAGCUUCAGCAUAAGAAAGCAGAAGAUGAAAAGACAAAGGCCUUGGAGGAGCUGCAGGCUGCCUUGGACUUGCAGUUGGUGCAGAACAGCCAACUGGCUGUAUCCUUGGAGCACGAGCAAGCAGUUAAUGAUAAUCUCCACAAGGAACUUCAGAUCGAGCACUCGCGCUGUGAAGCAUUGCUGUCCCAGGAACAGACCAAACUGUUGGAGCUGCAGAGAACUUUGGAUGCUGAGAAAAAUCGUUCAUUGGAGCUCCUGAAUUCUUUGAAUCAUGAGCGUGUUUUGACAGAACAGUUGAGCAUGAGAGUGAAAGAAAGUGCUUCUUGUCAGCACAGGGAGUUGCUACUGGAACAAGCCGUUGUUCGAGAGCUACAAGCCCAGCUGGAAGAAGAGAGGUUGCGAACGAGGGAACUAGCUGCUAUUAUUGAGAAAAUGCACCAGAAGGCCAUUUGUUUCAAAAGGAAGCCAGGGGCUGAAGUACAGACCUGCUGCGAAGAAACCCAGAAGGAGAGAGAGGCCAGUGACAAAUUACAAGCUACACUGGAAUCUCUUCAGGGUCAAAAGCGAGAGCAAAACUUGGAACAGCAACACCAGAGAGAUGAACAAAGAAUUAAAGAGCUGCAAGAAAUACCGGACGUAUUGGAAGAAAGAGAAAGAAAUCUCCCAUCUCCAAACUGUCAGCAAGAACUAUUGUGUACCUUAAACAAAGAUCAAAAUGCCAAGCAGACCACAACAAAAGAAACUGAAAAAUCACAUUUGCAACAGCAGCAAUGGCACCUUGAAAAGAUAAGACAGCAGUUGCUUUUAGUAGCUGUGCAGCUGAACGAGUUCAUAUAUAAAAUCGUAGAUAAAACAGUUAAUGAUUGGUCUGCAUCAAAUGAUGAAGCUGUAUCCUCUUUACUGCAGACAUUAAAGGAACUGAAGUCAGGUUUAUUGUCUCCUCCUGCAUCUCAGAUCAGAUCCGUGGAUGAUGCUGACUUUGUUCAAGAACUGGGAAGAGAUGCUUGGCAGCGAGAGAGAAACAUUUUGCAGAAUGCACUGAAACAGGCUGAGUCUGAACAGGCUAAAGCAACCCUUGAAACUGAAAACAAACCAGUGGUAGAAUCUUCCAGCCCUAAGUUGCAGAGAUUAUAUAGGAAGUACCUUAGAGCAGAGAGUUUUAGAAAGGCUCUAGUUUAUCAGAAGAAAUACCUCUUGCUGCUGCUUGGUGGAUUUCAGGACUGUGAGCAAGCAACCCUCUCUCUGAUCGCGCGUAUGGGGAUUUACCCCUCGCCUGCAGACCUGCAGCAUUCUGCAUCACGUUCCCGUCCUUUCACCAGGUUCAGAUGCACAGUCAGGGCCAUCGUUGCAGUGUCAAGGUUAAAGUUUUUGGUGAAAAAGUGGAAUAAAGUUAGCAGGAAGAGUGCACAGGGUGAAACCGUUUCUCGCAGUAUAGGAGGUAGUACAGCGUCCGGUGCCAGAACAGAAAUUCUGAAAGAGCAGCAGCCCCAAGCUGUUCAGCUGGGGUCUCCCCCGACCAGGGACACGGGGCUCUGCCACAGAACCAGCUCUGCAAGAUUUGUGAGCCAUUUCCCCAGAGCCUCCUACAGCUCACACCACAGAUUGCAUCCAUCCCCAAGUCCAGCUUCAGAAAAGUCACUUGUGCCUGCUCAGGACCCUGAACGGUCGCUAACGGAGUACAUCCACCGCCUGGAGGUCAUCCAGCAGAGACUGGGGGGCGCGCAGCCAGGACAAGUUCCAGGCCCACCUCGCCAGAAACACAUGAAAAAGUGAUGAUAACACUUCUGAAGUCUGUACUGUGAACCUCUCCGAGUUAUUGCUUCCUUCAGAGUUGGUCCAUGCCGAAGGGAGGCAGUUGUGAUCUCUUCUGCAACUGAAUAAUGGGCAGUGCUUUUGCGUCCGAUUUUUAUAUGACUCUUUUUAUUAUAUUUUAGUACUGUAAGAGGAAAUAACUUUUAAUUAAGAACAAUAUUUUACAUUCUUGUGUGAAAUUACUACUACGUUAACAGCUGAAGUGUGCCUGCAUCACUGUGUUGUAAGUUGCAAAGUGUCCCUUUGGUGUUUAUUUUUCUAUAGUGUAUAGCUGGAUUCCUUGUAAAAAAAGUAAUUAAAAUGGCAUUUUAUUAAUGAA